AUGGCCGGGGGUUUUGCCGUCUCCAAGUCCGGCGCCGACCGCCGGGAGUUCAAGGGCAAGAUCACCUGGUACGUCUGGAUUUGCGGCAUCAUCGCCGCCACCAGCGGCCUCAUGUUCGGCUACGACAUCGGCAUCUCCGGUGGAGUGACGGCCAUGGACGACUUCCUGCUGCUCUUCUUCCCAUCCGUGUACGCGCGGAAGCACCGCACCAAGGAAAACAACUACUGCAAGUUCGACGACCAGCGUCUCCAGCUCUUCACCUCCUCGCUCUACCUGGCGGCGCUGGUGGCCAGCUUCGCGGCGUCGCGCGCGUGCACGCGGUUCGGCCGCAAGCGCACCAUGCAGGCCGCCUCCGUCUUCUUCCUGGGCGGCACGGCGCUCUGCGCCUUCGCCACCAACCUCGCCAUGCUCAUCGUGGGCCGCGUCUGCCUCGGCGUCGGCGUGGGGUUCGGCAACCAGGCGGCGCCGCUGUUCCUGUCGGAGAUCGCGCCGGCGCACAUCCGCGGCGCGCUCAACAUCCUCUUCCAGCUCAACGUCACCAUCGGGAUCCUCCUCGCCAGCAUCGUCAACUACUUCGCGUCGCGCGUCCACCCGCUCGGGUGGCGGUACGCGCUGGGUGGCGCCGCCGUCCCCGCCGCGGCGCUGUUCCUGGGAUCGCUCGUCAUCACCGAGACCCCCACCAGCCUCGUGGAGCGCGGGCGGGACGACGCCGGGCGCCGGACGCUGGAGAAGAUCCGCGGCACCGCCGACGUGGACGCCGAGUUCGAGGAGAUCCGGGCGGCGUGCGACCUGGCGCGCGCGCUCAGCGAGGAGGAGAAGCCCUACCGCCGGCUGAUGCGGCCCGAGAGCCGCCCGCCGCUGGUGAUCGCCGUCGCCAUGCAGGUGUUCCAGCAGUUCACGGGCAUCAACGCCAUCAUGUUCUACGCGCCGGUGUUGUUCCAGACCAUGGGCUUGGGGACAGACAGCUCCCUGCUGUCGUCCGUCGUGACCGGCGGCGUCAACGUGGUGUCCACCGUCGUCUCCAUCAUCCUCGUCGACAAGGUCGGCCGGCGGAAGCUCCUCCUGGAGGCGUGCGUGCAGAUGCUUGUGGCGCAGACGGCCGUGGGCGGGAUCAUGCUGGUGCACGUGCGCGCCGACAACGAGCCGAGCCGGUCGUGGGCGGUGGCCAUCGUGGUGCUCAUCUGCGUCUACGUGUCCAGCUUCGCCUGGUCGUGGGGCCCCCUGGGCUGGCUCAUCCCGUCGGAGACGUUCCCGCUGGAGACGCGCACGGCGGGGUUCUCGUUCGCCGUCAGCUCCAACAUGCUCUUCACCUUCCUCAUCGCUCAGGCGUUCCUGUCCAUGAUGUGCUCCAUGCACGCCUUCAUCUUCUUCUUCUUCGCCGUGUGGAUCGUUGCCAUGGCCACGUUCGUGCUCGCACUCCUGCCGGAGACCAAGGGCGUGCCCAUCGACGAGAUGGUGGACAGGGUCUGGCGCCGCCACUGGUUCUGGAAGAGGUGCUUCGCCAACGCUGACGAGGCCAGGGUCAACGACAACUGCUAG